CCCCGGCGGGGAGGCGGCCCCGUCCCCAUGGAGUGCUACUACAUUGUCAUCAGCUCCGCGCACCUCAGCAACGGGCACUUUCGCAACAUCAAGGGAGUUUUCCGCGGCCCCCUCAGCAAGAACGGGAACAAAACUCUGGAUUAUGCUGAAAAGAAAAACACGAUAGCAAAAGCUCUGGAAGAUCUUAAAGCCAACUUCUACUGUGAACUCUGUGACAAGCAGUACUAUAAACACCAGGAGUUUGACAAUCACAUUAACUCUUAUGAUCAUGCUCACAAACAGAGGCUGAAGGAACUGAAACAGAGGGAGUUUGCUCGAAACGUAGCAUCUAAGUCACGAAAAGAUGAAAGGAAACAGGAGAAAGCGCUCCAGCGCUUGCACAAGCUGGCUGAGCUGAGGAAAGAGGCAACGUGUGCUCCUGGAAGUGGGCCAAUGUUCAAAUCCACGACAGUGACAGUGCAAGAUCAUUGCAAUGAUAUCCCACCAAGUGCUGCCAUAGAUCCUGCCAACAAGCAGGAUUUCAGCUGCUCAUUAAUGCAAGAUGCCCAGAAUUGCAAAGACGUGGCUUCCGUUACUUCUUCCACUCCUGGAAAUGCAUGUAGUGAUAAAUCCGACGCUAACAAAUUUGGAGAUCAAGUUCAAGGAACUCAAGGACAUAGAGUUGGGUUCUCUUUUGCUUUUCCUAAGAAAGCAGCAGUCAAACUGGAGUCUUCAGCUGCUGUUUUCUAUGAAUAUAACGAUGAAUCGUCCGUGGAGCACGGAUUGAGCAGAAAAAGUAGGUUUGUUCCAGGAGCUUGUACCCUUCAGUCUCCAGCAGCAGCAGAAAUAGUCCUGAGCCCUGAGGAGAAACAUAACUCUUUUCACCCACUCGUAGAAAAAUGCACUGACCCAGCAGAAGCUUCUGAAGCUCAGGAGUCAAAAGAGCUGGCCAGUGAAGACACCGGGGUUCUAGAGAGUCCUGAAUUAACUCUUGCAGUGUCCCAUUCAAAGCAACCAGUGUCCUUGGACAUGGAGAGCUAUGGUAUUGAUGUAAGUACAGCAGACCUACCAGAGCAGACGCUGCCCAUGGUUGCAGACGGUGCUCAGGUCCUGCCCCUGGACUGCAGCAGUUAUGAGCUGCAGGCAACCAAGGCUCUCACACAGGCAGUCGUGGAGGAUUGUUUAUCUCUGCAGGAUGUUGCGGAGGAGAAUGAUAAAGACAGGAACAGUGAUUCAUCCACAACUGAAACUGAAAUAAAAAAUCCGGGGGCAGAUGCAUUGGUUCCGUUGCCACCUGACGAAGGUGGUAGUGGAGCUCCAGAGAGCAAACCGGACGUGCGCAAGAGACCUUGUGAGCCCUUUGUUCCUGUUCUUAGCAAACAUGGAUCAAACGUUCUUCAGUGGCCAUCAGAAAUGUUAAUUUACACAAGGACAGACCCAUCCAUUUCUUACAGCUGUAAUCCUCUGUAUUUUGAUUUCAAAUCAUCGAGAGCAAGCGACAGCCACGAAAAGCCCAAGCAUCAGCCUAACAUACCUCACGUGCACCAUAAAACCGAAUCCAACUCUACCUUAGUCUUGGAUUUUACAAAUAAACCUCCUUCAGAUUGUCAUGAUUAUGAAACAGAAACGAACAAAAAUGUGUGCAACUAUACGACACCCCUUAUAAGUGAUGCUUCCCUCAUCAGAAAUCAUCAUCUUGCAAAAAAUCAAAAUAAAGUGCCCUUGGAUGAGUCAUUCAGGAUUAGAAAAGAGGAAAAGUAUCACAUUUCUAAAAAUUCCUUAGGACAAAACACUGUGAUAGACGAGAAAUACAACAAAGUCUGGAUCAAAAAAAGCCAUGCAAAAUGGCUUCACAAAAGUAGAAAACGGAAAAGGAGAAGAAGAUUAUGUCAUUGUCAUUUUCAUCAUCAUCACUGUGGAGACACAUCAGUGGCAGAAAUGGAGAUGUCCCCAGUGAGUGAGAAAGAAGUUAGUUAUGGAGAUGAAAAUAAAUAUCCUCUCCUCCAAAAUAAUCCCGAGAGGGGCAGACAUGAUGCAGGGAAUAUCUGGCUCGCUGCAGGUGAGAUACAGCAGUCACAUCAACAACUUGGCAUUGAAAAUGGUCAAAAGAGAGCCAUCUCUAUGUCAGAUUAUGCAUAUGGGGACAGAGACUGGUGUCAUGCUUGGGCUACAAAAAAUAGUGGCCACCGUGGUUGUAAACGAGUGCACAGAAAGAGCAAAGCAAGCUCUCGGAGGCAGGCGAAGCAGCUGGCUCUGAGUUCCAGGAGGCACAGCUUAAGGUACUCUAAAAAAUGUUGUAGCUGCAAAGUCAGGAGGCUGAGCUGUAGUCCAGAGCAUAAAUGUUUAGGACACAGCAGUGAGAAGAAGAGCCCCAGUCAAAACCAGUCCAUAAAAAGAGUUUACAGCCUUCUGACAGAGGAACCUGAAAAAUCCCACCGCAAGCGGAGACAACAUACCUGCUCCUCUUCAUCAGAUGAAAGCUCAUACAGUCAGACGUUAUCAGCAGACGAGUAUCUAAGGCAAGCACAUAUUUUAGGUACACAUCACAAGGCAAAAGGCAAACACAGGAGAAGGAAAACUAGAAUCCAUCACAUUUUCCUUGACAGGAAUGCAAAAAGUGAGACCUCCAAAACUUCCAAAGAAAAUUCUGCAAGUUCUACUUCAAGUACUUUGAUGGACUUCUUGACUCAAGACAGUCUAGAGGAAACUAAUGUGGAUCCUAAAGCUGAUCAAGCAAAAGAUACAGAAGAAACAAUGCAGCUGGAAGAAAGCAAGUCGUGUCUAGAAACUGAUAGUUCACAUGUGCUGGAAAAGGACAAACUGACAGGGUGCACAGCGAUGGAGAGCACUCCGAGUACGUUUUCUGAUGUCAUCACAGGUUCUGCUGCUUCUGUUCCUGAGCACAAUGCUCCAGCAGCUGCCAGCGUGCAGGAUAUUCUGCAGGAUGAGAAGAAAAAAGAAAAUGUCAACAGUCGUGAAAAUCAAGCUCGUUACAAAAUUCCGCUCCCCAACAGACAUUUGGAACAAGUUCCUCCUAGGUCCAGUCUUUGCCAUUACGAAUUGGCUGAGUCUCUACCACAUGAGAAAAUAAAUGAGGUGACCAGUGAAUGGGUACCGUGUCAUCCAGGCAUAUUUAGCAGCCCACCGCCCUUGCCGUUCAAAGAAGCACAUGUAAAUAGCCAUACCUUUUUAACUACCGAGCAGUUAAUAGCCCCCUUCACCCUGCCAGAUCAGACGUUGAUAUUCCCUCCAGACAACCACGAAAAAUUCAAAGAUCUCCCAUCUGAGGCGUAUCAGCAGAUCAUGCCCCAAAACAUGCUGGCCAACAAAGUGAAGUUCGCCUUCCCUUCCCCAGCGAUCCAGCCCCCCAGUUCCCCGCUGCAGCCCUUGCCCUUGCAGCCACCGCUCUCUUCUACCUCCAUUACCACCAUCCACCACACUGUCCUGCAGCAACACGCCGCCGCCAGCACGUUGAAGUUUCUCCAGCCCCACCAGCAGUUCGUCUCCCAGGUCCCGGCUCUUUCCAGAGCACCUUUACCUCAUCUACCAGUAGGACCAAGGAUUUGUCCUGGGGGCCACACGGCUUUCGUCGCCCCGCCACAUUUGCCGCCGCUGCUGCCGCCCUCGGUCCUGCACCCCACCCAGCUGGCCUUGGCCCCUCUGCCUCACGCUGUCUUCCCGUCCCUGCUGUCUCCACAUCCGGCUGUCAUCCCCCUGCAGCCCCUCUUUUAGGACAGGCUCCUCGGGGAUGUUGGUGGAAGGAGCCUUGAGCUAAAAGGUCCUGCUAUUUCCGCAGUCCCCUUGGCUCUGCCAAAACGGUUCUGUGAAAUAAACUGGUUAAAACUCCUCGUUCCUUGGGAAACAUUUACUGUAAGUAUAACGAUGCAAACCUUCACGUAAAGUUCAGACCUAUACUAUAAUUAAAGCACUGAAUAGUCUGAUACUAAUAUGAACUCUCUCUCUCUAUAUAUAUAUGUAAGUGAAAUCAUGUCUUAGAAAAUAUGUAUAAUGUAUAUAAAAUAUAUUUAUAGUUCUAUAACUUACAUUGUAAAGUAUUCACCUUUUUUUUUUAUUUUUAAUCUUUGUGUAUUUGCACCUAUUUAAUGUUUAGACAAAGCCGAUGCACUAUGUUUUGUACUAUGUUCUCUGAAACUGUAAAUCUAGUGACAAACUAUCUCUUGCAAUAAAUUUUUGUUAACUACUUAAGUAUAUCAAAAAUCUUUCAUUAUAAGCCUCGUGGAUGUUGUUCUUCCAUGUUCUUCUGCGGACGAAUAGCAUCCCCCACUCCUGCUAUGUUGGGAUAAUCAGGUUUCCUCUACAUCAGUGAUUUAUCAGGGAGGCUGAGAGGCUAAUACCUUGAGGGCAGCUGUCUUACAGAGCAAGAGAGAAAGGGUAAUAGAUCUGUUUGUGUUAGUGGUUUCAUGUCACUGUGACAAAUUUUGCCUACUUGUAGUAUGUGCACAAACUGCUGACUGCUGGAGCUUAUCUCUUUUCUACUAAAAGACAAAAAAGAUGAUGUAACAAAAAUAACAGCAAUGAUGGGGGCAGUGGAGAGGGCAGUGGGGAAGGAAAAGAUCAAGGUCAAUUUGACUUCAAGGGAAUAUUGCUUCUAGCAGAAGGGUAGAGCAUAGGCAAGGCCUUGGUUCCAUCAAGCCAGCUUUCCCUGAGUGCACACAUCCACUGGUGGGGGAGGGAUCUGUCAGAGUGAGGUCCUCGCUGCCUGUGCAGCAUAUGAAGAUAGCAAGAGCUCAUGAGCAUGAUGGGGAGGUCAGGAAGAGCUUUGCAUGGUGAACCCACCAGGGUUUGAUUCAGAUUCUUACCUCUCUUCACCUCUCUCUUUCCCAGAGCGUUUUGGGAAAGAAAUAAAAUAGCGUAGAAUAGAGAGUCAUGAUAAUACUAAUGUACUGCCAUUAUUUCUAACUGUAUUUCAGAGAAUUCUCCCUACCUCUGCAGCCUUUUUUAUUGGUGUUGAACCUCACUCAGCUUUAGCCAGAGAAAUCUUCCCAUUUGCUGUAGUAUGAGAUAUAUCAGACCCACACCUGCGAUGGCCCAGAAUAAAACCAGAAGUGGUUCUGAGAUAGAGCCACCUCUUUGAGGUAAAAUGAAGUGUCAUCAUGAGUGAAGCUAAGGAUUUGCAGCAUGACUGUUAGUGCUAGAGGUAGGCCCGCCAUAAUAAAAGGUAGGUGCUAGCUCUCCAAUUAAUCACUUCUUUUUAUAUAGUGUAAUAAAAUUAUAUACAGUUCAACUGAAAGAAUAGUAAUUUUUUGGAAUAUUAUUAAUAUACAUUGCAUAUUAAUAGCUACAGAAAUUUACCGUUUGAAAGUAAUACUAUAUCCUAAAGCAUAGAUACCUGGUUAUUAUUUUCUGCAGCUAUAGCAUUAGAACUUAUCUGUAUCAAUAUUGCAAGCUUCAGUAUAAUUCAAUAUUAAAACUAUAGUAGAUGACAUCUUGCCACUAUGAUGACGGUGUCAGCGACUCAAGGGAUGCAAGUUUUCCAUGUUGUGCAGUUACCAAGGGCUAAACUAUGUGAAUAAGGAAAAAGUUGAGACACAGGAGCAGUAAUCAGCCUGGUUCUGGAGAGUGGCUUGGAUCCCCUGCCUGAGGCUGUGGCACAGAGCGGGGUGUUGCUGAGCAUCUAUCCCUGCAAUGCCACAAGGAAGGUACAUUUUCUUUAGUUGUCAUUUCAGGUGAAUGCCCAUUUAUCUGGUACCUGAAAAACAGCGCAUAAGAGCGACUCUAUACUCCUCCUUUAUUUCAGCAGCAUGCCUACAUAAUCUGUACAUCCUCAUUACCUCCUGUCACAGGCAGGUGCCAAGCACAGGAAUCUCUGUUUGAAGCUGGGAGGCGUGUGCUGGCUGCUCCAUCUCCCACCUCAGCUGACAUGCUCUGGCUUUUGCCUUUCUGCCAUCCUCUGCUGUACUCAGUGCAGACAGUCCCCUGGGUUCUGAUGUCUUCUCAAAGGCAAAAUCCAUCUAAUUAUAUAGCUGUACACUUGAAAAAAAAAAAACAUGUAGGACAGCUGAUUUCACCUUAGCACAUCCAUACAUUUGUACCUGACAGGAGAUUAAAAAUCACCAAUUUAAAAUUUUCAGUCACAACGUUCAUUGAAAAAUCCAACGUAUUAACUUAGAAGUCCACAUUUUUUUCCAAUAAAAUAUUCCAACAGCUUUGAAUUUUUAUCUUUUAGUACAAUUUAAAUUAUUUAUAUUUCUAUUUUAAGUUGUUAAACAGUUUUAAGACCUUGCAUAUAAAAUUAUUUAUU